CGGACGCACGAGCGCAUAGCAACGUUCUCCCCGCGGGAGGCCGCCCCUCGGCUCCGGGACCUCGCGUUUCGCUGGUACUGCUAUGUGGAUAUUUGUUAGCAAUGACUGAUGUGGAAUCUACAUAUGCAGACUUUAUUGCUUCAGGAAGAACAGGUAGAAGAAAUGCACUACACGACAUACUUGUGUCCUCUCCAGGUGGGAACUCUAGUGAACUGGCCUUAAAGCUAUCAGAGCUGGAUAUAAAUAAAGCAGAAGGAGAAGGAGAUGCACAACGAAAUCCAAGUGAGCAAACCGGGGAGGCCCAAGGGGAGGCAGCAAAGCAAGAAAGCUGACAUCUGACUUUGACCGACUGGAGCAGCUGCUGGAUGUUUUCAGACUACAAGAGCAUGCUGGAACAAAUUUGUUUCCAUGAGCAAGCUGGUGGAAAGGAAAGUGCAUGUGUCUUCACUGCUGGAACCCACUCAACGCAAUGCUAAAAAUGAGGGUACAAGCUGUGGCAGAAGACAGAAUUUUCUCUACCUCUGUCAUUAGCAAUGGUUGAACAUGUAAUGUUUUGUGGGAUAGUGUCAUCAGAUGGAUCCCUUCGUAAUGACUACUUGAUGGGAACACUUCUAGAAAGUAGAACAAACAGGUUAAUCUUGUAGCAAAUGGCCUUUGAAACAUUAGAGGAUCUAAUUGUGUAUCUUAAGCAAAGGCUUGUGUGAUCCUCAGAGUUUAAAGUUCUCUGGCCAAAGUGUUCACCCAUUAAAAGAACUGUAAAGAAAGCACUGUUUUUAGAACUUGCAUCUGUUUUACAGCUCUGUUACUUACAAUGGUUUUUGUAUUGUACAACUUAGAUGCUCUACACUGCCCCUUCUCAACUGCUUAUGAAGAAUAUUUCUGUUACUGUGAAUUUUUCUACCACGCGUUUUGAAAGGGCUGGUUUUUUGCAUAAUGUGGUGAUGUGCACAUGAUAGUUUUAAAACGUCAACUGCUAAAUUGGUUAUGCCUAAACCUAAAUGACUCAGAAACACUCUAAUUUGUUACUAGAUGAGCCUUCAAAACGAUUCAUUAAUGUGAAUACUUUGGCGUGUUUUGUGUCCUUGGUACAUUUUUGCCACUUGCCUGUAGUUAGUUGCAUAUCAGAGACUCAAAGUGAAUCUUUGAUGUUGUUCUUUCCCAUUUUCUAAUUUUUCUCCCCAUUUCUUAAUCUUUCUCCAAGCUAUUUUUUUAAAAUGUUAGUCCAAGUAUUUUAUCGUUACGGUAGUUUUAAGAAUACAUUUAUUACCUUUUAUGGGUUAAAAUUCAAACAAAUUCCAUGGUGCUAGAGAUUUGUCUGGUUCACAUUGUUAAAGAUGGGUCUUGUUUACACAUGGGAAAAUAACUGGCAUAGGUAAUUGCCAAUUAUCUAUCUAGAGUGAUUUUCAGAUUGCGGGAUAGUCCAAGUAGUGGAGCAUGAAGUGGAUCCAACCAGGAGAAAUAUUUUAUUUCAUUUAGACCUUGGCUUUGCCUCAGUUGAUCAGGCCAUUGAGUUUACACAGCCAGUAGCAUGUUUAUGAUGCACUGGGCACAGCCAAAUGCUAAAAGCUGCUGCAGCAGCCUUUUGGCCCAACCUGUGGAAACAGAAGUGAGAGAGCUGUAAUCUAGCACCCAAAAUACUGGAUUUUUUGCAUUUCAGCUAUUCCAAAAUGGCAGUCCAAGCUGAACAUUCAUUGAAGUACUGGGAUAGCUUUUCCAUAACCUAUUCUGCAGUAGCUGUGUUGAUUGGCUUCCUUCCCACAUCAGCCCCAGUAGACAAGGCCGUACAUGAGGCCAAACAAUGCAGGAUAGGGCAGUUACACCUCAGUGUGAUUAAGGUAAGGACAAUGACUGACUAGUAAACCAUGGCAAUCACAUAAGCACUAAUCACAAAGUGGAAAGAUCUUUUCUUAAUGGGAGGUGAUGUCACUUUCUUUAUAUAUAUUAUAUAUAUUAUAUAUAUUUUUGUGUUGUUGUUGGUUUCAAAUGUUACGCACUUUUUAAUGUUUGUAAACUUUUACUAAUGAAUGGUGUGAUUGCUUCCUGAAUAUAUUAAUCAUCAGUUAACAAAACAUAUUUGUGGCCACAGCUGUUUGUUUCUGCCGUAUGUAUCAUAGUGUUUGUCACAUGAAAUCUUUUUGUGACGUGUGUGAACAAAAAAAAAAAAAACAAAAAAAAAACAACAACAAAAAAAGAAAAAGAAAAAAAAACCCUAAACAAAUCAAAAAAAAACCACCACCACUUCUGAUCAGUAUUAUGAGCUCAUUCAUUAAUGUUAAUAAAAAAACAGCCAGCAGUAUGCUUGUGGUUCAUCAGUGUAAUAUAAACUCUCACCUUUUCUUAUUUGAAAGUUGAAUGCCUUGCUGUCUUAUUAGCUGUCAAAUGCUUUAUCUUCUUGGUAACAGAAGUUGUCCAUUUGCUUUGAAAAUACUGUUACCUUGAAACUAAUUAUUUAUUAAUUUGUUUAUCUUGAUGUUCCUGAAUUGGGUAUUCAAUUGAGCAAAGAAACUGGUUGCCCUUUUGUCAUAAGUGACAAGUUAGCACCAAUUUAGCACUAACUCCAGAAGGAAAUAAGAUUCUGGGGAUUUAUAUAGUGUUACUUUAUUGAUGAUCCAUGAAACUCCAUCGAUAAAUUGUCACGGGAAAACGUAAUAAUAGAAUAAGUAAUGCAGUAUAUUAAAGU